GGGUUACAAAAAACGGAAACAAUGUUGCUCCAGUGUUUUGACGCAUGUCUCUGUGGCAGAUGGAGCCUGAAGGCGGCUGCUGUGUCCACAGCAGAGAGGACAUCUCUUCUCUCUUCACGGAGGAAACCAGCAGCAAACACAAAGAGUUGAGCAGCCAGUUCUGCGCGGUGAGGAGAGUGCGCGGCGAUGGGAACUGCUUCUACAGAGCUUUCUGCUUCGCUCACCUGGAGUCCGUCCUCCAUAACGCCAGGGCUUUGCAGAGAUUGAAGGACAAGAUGAUCCGGAGCAGCGAGGCUCUGCUCUCGGCUGGGUUUGAAGAAAACUCCUUCAGAGACCAUCUGAACACAGUGCUGAGCGUGGUGGAGCAGUGCCAGGCCCACGAGCAGGACGACGCCCUGCUGAGGCUCUUCAACCAGCAGCCCGCGUCGGACGGCGCGGUGCAGUACCUCAGGCUGCUGACCUCGGCGCACCUGCAGAGCCACGCCCACUUCUUCUGCCACUUCGUGGAGGCGCCGGACCUCCGGGCCUACUGCCGACAGGAGGUGGAGGCCAUGGCGAUGGAGAGCGACCACGUGGACAUCCUGGCGCUGGCGCAGGCGCUGGACGUGUGCGUCCACAUCGUGUCCAUGGAGGGGGACGAGCGGCAGCUGGCCCACCACGUCAUCCCGGAGGGGGCCGAGCCGUCGCUCCACCUGCUCUACCAGACCUCACAUUACAACAUCCUGUACCCGCGGACGCCGCCGCCGCCGCUCUGACCGCCGGCCGGGAACAUGAACUCACUGGGAGGCUUAUGGGAACAGCUUUUUAUAAAAUCUUACAGUUUACAGCAACGAAACAUGGAAUCUAGAGGAAUUAAAAUGUUUUUAUGAACUCUG